AUGUCAUCAAACACAAAGCAAGAUAAUCAGCCUGAACACGGCACGCCUCCACACAGUCCCUCAAGCGCAAGAUCCUCUUUGAGGCGCUUAAAUGACGAAGACCGUCAGCGUCAACAGGAUAUUGAUUCAGUAAUGCAACUAUCCAGAGCUAGAGCUGGUUCUUUCAUUCAACACACUCCUUCUUACAGCAAGCGACCGCGUAAUGAGACAUUGCUCAAUGCGGAUAAUCCCGAAGACGACGGCGGCUUGUCUCCGAGCUCUGAAAAGCCUCAGUUCUUAUUCCCUUUAUCCGCAGACGAAGAAGCUCAAAUUGAAUUAGCAAAGCAAGGUGGUAGUUUAGAGCUCGACAACCAAGAUAUAAGUGGUCGUUUCACCCCACAAUCUUCUGAUGUAGAGAUUGAAAAGCCUCCAACACGUCCAUCACCACUAUCGGCUCAACCUUCGACUGACGCGAUAGGCUCAGGCACAAGACUGAAGCCAAACAAAUUCGAUUUUAGUUUGCUGGAUGCUUAUGUCGCUGCAGAAUCAACUGGCUUAGAGCUCUCAGAACGGGCACAUUCCGGAUUAACUCCGCCUUCAACUCCAAAGCAAACAGACGAUGAAAAGAAGGAACCAAUGCACCAGCGGCAUCUCGCAAUCUUUGACUCUUCAGGUGCACCACCCCCCACCUUUCCGUCUGGAUCAUCACCUCCACCUCCACCACCUUCAAAUGACCCUUACAAUAAUGCACCUAGACCUAGCCUGCCACCACGCAUUCCAACAACCGCAGAAAAAGACUAUAGAUUCAGCUUUUACUCUAAUUCCCUUCCUGCCACCGUGCAUGCCAGAUCUCUGGGAGAACUACCAUCUCUAGGACAAUCAUUCCAGCAGCUCUUUGAAGGCAAACAAUCUACCACAUCAAACGAUAAGCUAGACGAAAAUGCACUUGAACUGAAUAUCGGAGUGGAAAAUGGUAAUGAAACACCUGUAGAUGAUAGCGAAGCCAAUACCUGGUGGCUGGACGUAUUAUCACCAACAGACUCUGAAAUGAGGACUUUAAGUAAAGUCUUUGGCAUCCACCCUCUUACCACUGAAGAUAUUCAAAUGGAGGAGUCCCGUGAAAAAAUUGAACUCUUUCGGAAUUAUUACCUUGUGUGUUUUAGAUCUUUUGAUCAAGAUCCACACAGUCCAACAUAUCUGGAACCACUAAACAUGUACAUCAUCGUAUUUAGAGAAGGCACGCUGUCGUUCCAUUUCAGAGCAACGCCACAUCCGCAUAAUGUUCGUCGCAGAAUAAAGCAGCUUAGGGAUUAUAUCAACGUUACGUCAGAUUGGAUAUCGUACGCCCUCAUCGAUGAUAUUACAGACGCAUUCGCACCACUGAUUCAAUCAAUAGAAUUUGAAGUCGACACAAUCGAUGAACUCGUAUUGAUUCUUAAAGAAAACGAACAGUCUGAUAUGUUAAGAAGGAUUGGUACUUGUCGUAAAAAAGUCAUGGGUUUGCUCAGAUUGAUGGGUAAUAAAGCAGAUGUCGUUAAAGGUUUAGCUAAACGCUGCAACGAGAAUUGGACCGUUGCUCCAAAAUCCGACAUAGGUCUUUACCUGAGUGAUAUCCAAGAUCACUUGAUCACAAUGACUCAGAAUUUGAAUCACUACGAGAAGAUUCUCAGUAGAUCACACUCCAAUUACCUUGCUCAAAUCAGUAUUGAGAUGACCGAAGCCAACAAUCAGAUCAAUAAUGUUUUGUCAAAGUUGACAGCCUUGGGUACUGUCCUUGUGCCUAUCAACAUUGUUUGUGGUUUGUGGGGAAUGAACGUUCACGUGCCAGGAGAGAGUGCCGAUGGAUUGAAUUGGUUCUUUGCUAUUCUUGGUAUACUCGUGGGGGUCUGUAUUAUCGUGGGUACACUCACAUAUUGGCUUGCUCUUAAACCACCAAAAUCGAAGCAUUAG